GUCCAAUUAGUAUCAAAGCUUCGUGGUUGCUAAGCAUAUAAACUUGCAAAAGAAAUAAUAAUAAACGACAUUAUGAAUAAAUUAUUAGUUUUCGCACUUUUCGCCGCCAUCUGUAUUGUCUUUUCUUCAGCCGCACCAAUGGAGGAAUUAGAAGAUGCUCCCGAACCUUCUCCGCGAGUUGCACGGGCUGCAGCUUGUAAAGAUAGAGACUGUAGUCUAGAUUGUAUUUUCAAGGGAUAUAGAACAGGACGUUGCAGGAAUGGCAGAUGCGUGUGCGGUUAAACAA